UUACUUUUUUUCGUAUAAAUAUUGACGGUGAAAAUCUGAACGGUAUCAUUGUGUCUUCAACUUCUGCAGUGCAAAAAACAACCAACUGAAACGCUAAAAUGGCCUUCAAGCUCGCCGUCCUGUUCGCCUGUCUGGCUUAUGCUAGUGCUGGAUAUCUGGAACCAGCCAACACCUAUCAGGCUGCACCAUUGGCCUACAGCUCGUACCAGGCCCCAGCUUUGUCCUACUCAAGCCCAGCCUAUAGCUACGGAUACAACUCUGCUCGUCAUCUGGCCUAUAGCGCUCCAAUUGCCCACCAGGCCUAUGCUGCCCCAAUUGCCCUCCAGGCCUAUUCCGCUGCUCCAGCCCUAUCCUACGCUCAUAGCUACGCGCCAGCUCUAACCUACUCGGCUGCUCCAGCUCAGUCCUAUGCUCACAGCUACAACUACGCUCCAGCUCUGUCCUAUGCUCACAGUUAUGCCCCAGCUCUGUCCUACUCGGCAGCUCCUGUUGCGUCCUAUGCCGACAGCUACGCUCCAGCACUGUCCUACUCUGCUCCAGUGGCCACCAAGACCGUUGCCAUCGCCCAGCCAGCUGCCAUUGCUCACUCCGCCCCGCUGCUGACUGCCACCUACGCCCCAUCUCAUGCCUCCAGCUACACCAGCUCUUUCAUGAAGUACAACAGUCCUAAGAUCGCCUAUGCUUACUAAAACCCUGAAGCCAAAUUGUUCCGCUGAAUAAAUUUUAAGGUUCACGCAA